UUGAAUAUUUAGUUUGAAAGCGGCAGCGAGCGAACAAUCCCCUGAUUCAAUAUUUAAUAUCAUAAUGAGAUCAAACUAACUCUCUCGUUUAAUUGGUAUCGAUCAGAAAUGAUUGCGCAGCACGUUGCUCGAAAAUGUAUCAAUAUUUUAUCAGCGCCGAUAACGAACUAACCUGAAUCGAUUACGUAGACUGAAAAUUUUCAUCAUGAAACUGUCGACCUGUUUAAAUAGUACGUCUUAUCGACCGCAAUUGGUGCUCGGUGUUUCGAGACUGUCCUCAUUGGAGUACCUUAAAUUUCGGAAUCCCGAUCUGAACGAAGAUCAAAUAUUGUCGAGGAUAAAAGAGGAGGGACAGGAUCCGCAAGAAAUUCUUACCGAGCAUCAAGAACAGAUUUCUUGCGAGCAAAACCUAGCAGCUGUUCUCAAGAAACUCGAUAUUAGUUUUCGUAUCACGAAAAGGAUAGGAGACGCAACGAAAUGCGUGAAAUGGGCGGACUUGGUGAUUCCCAUCGGUGGAGAUGGUACGUUCCUCCUGGCGUCUAAGUUGAUUUCAGACAACAAAAAGCCAGUGCUCGGAAUCAAUCCCUUAGUAUCGGACAAGAAUACUUAUUUCACGCUUCCUUAUAAGUAUACGACUAAUAUGGAGAGUAUAUUUGAGAAACUUCAUUCAGGAGAAUACGAAUUAUUGAUGAGAAGUCGCAUACGAACAGUAAUGACUGGAGAAGGACUUUAUUGUCGACCUUUUCACAUACACGAAAAAGGCCGUACAAAAGGAGAGAAAAGAAGCCAGUCUCUUAUACGAUCGAGAGGAAAGAAAAUAUCAGAUGCUCUUCAGCCUCGUCGUAGAAUUUUACCCUGGUUAGCUCUGAAUGAAGUGUUCAUAGGAGAAUUUUUGGCAGUCAGACCAAUAACGCUACAUCUACAAGUGGAAGAUCAAGAAGGAUACGUGUUUCGGUCGUCAGGCAUAUGCGUUUGCACAGGCACUGGUUCUCGAUCCUGGUACAGAUCCAUGAACGUUAAACCAGCUGAUACUGUUCAAAGCAUCGUCGAGAUGGCAACUGGUAAAAAAUUAACCAUCGAAGAAACUAAUAAAUUAUUGUAUAAAUAUCGUCAAAGUCUGCUGUAUCCUGCAGAAGAUCUACGAAUGACGUACAUGAUACGCGAGAUGUAUCGUGCACCACGUUGCUGGAGAAACAAAUGUUAUCCGGAUAGAGAAAUGUGUAAUAAAAUAACGGUAAAAUCGUAUGGAUUUGACGCUGGUCUGAUAAUAGACGGAAGUAUUUCUUUGCCAUUUAACGAUGGCGCGAGUGCCUCUUUCGACAUCAAACCUGAAUACGCCCUGAUGAAUAUCAUUAUGACCUAACACCUGAUUGACACGCAUUUAUAAAUUUCCUGCAAAUUUUUCGUGUAUAUAAAUUAAAUUAAAUUAAUGAAAUUUAUACAAGUGAUAGGGCCUCCUUUGCUUAUGUCGUCGGAAAUGUACAAAUCUUGAAAAAAUAAAUAAAUA